UGCGCAGUGGCCGCUGUCGUGAUCCUGCACCCACGGAGGGCGGCUGGAGACCGCUUUCUCGCGUGAGGCCCCGCUCGGAGGAAGUGGGCUUCCAGGCCCCCAGGAUCUUGGCCAGGAUCUGUUUGGGAUCGGGAAGGGCGGUGCCAUUCCCAUUACUCAACCCUCUUCGCCUCCAGUCCCCUCCCCUCAGCGGAUAAACAAACACCAGCGCGUGACUUUAAUGACUUCAAAGCAGCUUCACCAACUUGGAAAAGUUGCUUCUUCCUUCUUCGAGCGUCCGCCCUCUUUCAUCCCAAAAUCUUUCAGCGGCAAAUUGGGUGGAAGGCGUGCUCGAAAAUAAAACAUCCAGGCGCUGUUUACUUUGGGGAGACCUGUUUAACAUCGUACAUUGAGGCUUUAUAUCUUUUGAGAUUUAAUUGCUGGAGUAACCCUACAAAAUACAGUAUGUAUUCGAGUUUUACAAUUUCAAACUUCUAAGGGGCGUAAAGGUUCAACAGAUUCCCUCCCACCUUGUUCACAGUUCUCCCACGGAGUGGCCGCUGAUAGUGCGAUGGAUCUGGCUGGGCUCCUACUGGACGAAGAAGGCACCUUCUCCCUCGCCGAUUUCCAGGACUUCACGUUCCUUCCAGGACACCAAAAGCUAAGCGCUCGAAUCCGAAGGAGACUCUAUUAUGGCUGGGACUUGGAGACAGACUGCAGCCUGGAGGAGCUCUCCAGCCCUGUGGCAGACAUUACUGUGGAACUUCUCCAGAAGGCAGCACCCAGUCCUAUUCGCCGACUCCAGAAAAAAUACGUAGCCCACGUGUCUCGAGAGGCCUGUAUCUCCCCAUGUGCUAUGAUGUUAGCUCUGGUGUACAUUGAGCGGCUCCGGCACCGAAACCCAGAUUAUCUGCAGCACGUGUCAUCUUCUGAUUUGUUUCUGAUCUCCAUGAUGGUGGCCAGUAAAUACCUUUAUGAUGAAGGAGAGGAAGAGGAGGUCUUUAAUGAUGAGUGGGGAGCUGCUGGGGGCGUUGCUGUGGCUACUCUCAAUGCCUUGGAAAGGAGCUUCCUGAGUGCCAUGGAUUGGCGUCUCUACACUGAUCCUCGGGAGAUCUUUGAGGUGCUGAGUUGGCUGGAGAGCUGUGUGGCUCAGCAGCAAGGACGGCGACGGGGCUGGUACACCUACACAGACUUGUGUGUGCUGCUGGAGCAGCCAACAUGGCAGCUGUCUCUGGGCUCCCUCUGCCAGCGUCUGGUGAAGCUAUCCUGCCUUUUAGCCGUGGCAUAUGUGAGCAGCGUGGCCCUAGCUGUGGCGUCGGUGGCUGUAAUACACCAGUCCUUGGGGCUGUCCUCCAGCCCCUCACCAGGUCCUCCUGAACUCACACUGGUCUCCCAGAGCCUUGUGCAGCCCUGCACACCUGCCCCUGUGCCACAGUGCCUGACUAAUGUCUCCAGCUGCCCAGAAGGCAAUGUAGAUUUGCCAUCACUCUGGGGCAGUCUUCUGGCCCCAUUGACACCCCCUCUGAUACUCCCUCCAGACCCUCCUGCCCCUCCUACUGCUCUCCACAAAUGCCCCUUUUGCCAGAAGUUCCAGAGAAACCCCUCAAACUGCCAUGCCUGCCACCAGCCUAACCUUACGGUGUCUGUUGGUCCUUCUAGCCCCUUUUACUAUACCCAUGGCCCGGCCCCACCCUGGCUCUGGAGCCCAGUGGCCCCCCCAUUUCUCCAGCCCCAGCAGUGUUCUCUUUUUAAUGUCAUGGAACUGGCUCGUCUCAAGUCUGUCAUUUUCCCAGGCUAGGUUGGGCUCUGGAAUGCAUUAAGAGGGUUUGGGAGUCCUUGAGAACCUGGAAGAGGAAAACUUGACUUAGAUUUUUGCUACCUCUCUGGGCCCUUGGCUAGUCCCCUGUUCCUCCUGGGUAGGAGCAUAAGGAAUUAUGGGGCAGUACAAGGUCAUUCACUCUCCUAGACCUCAGAGACUGGCUAGUAGGCUAGGACACCAGUGGUGCCUGGGACAGUGUCAGCUCAGUGACCAGAGGCAUGCCACGGAUGACAGAAUCUCCCUGCCUUCACAAGCCCAGAGUAGAUUUUUGGUUUGAAGUUUCCAAAGAUAGAAAGGUAAAAGUGGGAGGUGUGGGAGUGGAUGAGGAGAGGAAGAACGCAUUGAUGUGGGUCUCUGCUGUUUCAGUCAGGAAAACCAAGAUGAGAGCUGCUGAGGGACAGAAGGCUCCCUGAGGUGGGAAGCCACACCUGUCCCAUGGAUGCAGUUGUCACAGCCAAGAACUGCUGGGUCCUUUAACCUUGUCCCUUUGUCUUCCAACUGUAGCAUCUUGCUCCAAUCCAAGGUGUCCCUCUCUGCCUUUCGGUGUUCUCUUCACAGGCCUCCCUGGACGCCACUGCUUUGUAUCUGGGUUUUUCAUGCUUUUAUAGAACUGAGGUUUCAAUAAACAGUUUCUGUUGCA